UGUGUGGGCGGGGCUAGCGUGUGGCUGUACCGGUAGCGUUAGCGGAGCUGCAGGAGCUGCAGGAUAAACCCGGUUAAAGCGGUAAAUAAUCGAUUAUAAAGUGAUAUUUUAUAUUAAAUGAUGAUGGAGAACAGUUAUUUACUGUUAGCCGGAAAUGUGGUGUUUGUUCCGGUUCUGGUUCAGCUGAACUCCGCUGAGGAGAAUGUGCAGAUAAAGGCUAAUCCUACAUCAGAUGCUGGAGGGACAUCAAGUGCUGUGGAUCAACAGGAUGGAGGAAUCCAAAAUGAGCCCGGAUCAUUAAACAUAGCAUACUGUGUGAAGAAGGAGACUGAGGAGGAGGAGCUGCCAAAUCUCCAAAAUGGGCUGAAAGUUAAAGAGGAAGAGGAAGAACUGAACGAUGAUGACUAUUUCUACUGUGAGGAGUGUAAAUCUUAUUUCAGAAAUGAGUGUGCGGUUCACGGUCCGGUCGUCUUCAUCGCUGAUACUCCUAUUCCCAUGGGGAUCGUUGAUCGCUGCAGGAAAACCCUCCCUCCUGGUUUGGAGGUUCGGAGUUCUGGUAUUCCUGGGUCGGGUCUGGGAGUGUUUAACCAGGGCGAGACGAUUCCUCUCGGUGCUCAUUUUGGACCCUACCAGGGAGACUUAGUCGACAAGGAGAGAGCCAUGAAAAGCAGCUACUCUUGGGUGAUAACUAAAAAAGGCCAGGAUGCUGGAUACAUAGAUUCCAAGAGAGAGACCCACGCUAACUGGAUGAGGUUUGUGCGUCAUGCUCGUAAUGUUGAAGAGCAGAAUCUGGUGGCGUUUCAGCAUCAGGGGAGGAUUCUGUAUCGAUGCUGUCGCCCCAUCAAACUGGGACAGGAGCUCCUGAUGUGGUACGCAGAGGAGUACGCCAAAAAUGCCGGCAUCACGUUCGACUUCCUGUGGAACCAAAAAUGCCCCAAAAAAGAAGCGAGUGAUGAUUUAAGUGAAGUAUUUUCCUGCUCCUUGUGUCACCUCUCCUACACGUCUCAAAUCUUCUUUUACCGACACCUCAAGAGAUGCCACCAGGAGGAGUAUUACAAAAGGCUGAAAUCGGGGGAGAUUAAACCUGAGAUCUCCAGUCCUCUGCAGACGUCCUCCACUGAUAAGUCUCACUGGCGCAUGCGGAGAGACCCGAGCCAGGAGAGGAACCACCACUGCUCCGAGUGCGGGAGGAGUUUUAUGGACAGGGCUCAUCUCCAGCUCCACCGGCGCCUCCACACAGGAGAGAAACCUUAUCGCUGCUCGGACUGCGGAAGAACCUUCACUCAGGGCAGCCAUCUCAACAUACACAAGCGCAUUCACACGGGGGAGAAGCCGUAUCAGUGCUCGGAGUGCGGGAAGUGCUUCGCUCGGAAGAGCAACCUCCAGCAGCACCAGCACACUCACACGGGCUACAAACCGCACCGCUGCACCGAGUGCGGGAAGGGAUUCACCGAACGCAGCAAACUCCAGAUACACCAGCUCUCUCACACCGGAGAGAAACCGUUCAAGUGCUCAGACUGCGGGAAGAGCUUCACCCGCCAGUGCCGUCUCCAAACGCACCAGCGGACGCACACCGGGGAGAAGCCGUACUACUGCGCAGAGUGCGGGAAGAGCUUCAGUAGCCACGGUCAGUUCAAACUCCACCACCGGAUCCACACCGGAGAGAAACCCUACACCUGCCCGGACUGCGGCAAGAGCUUCACCUACGCCAUGGCCCUCAAAAUCCACCGGCGCGUUCACACCGGAGAGAAACCGUACGAAUGCCUGGAGUGCGGCAAGAAGUACGGCAGGCAGAGCAGCUUCCUCACCCACCAGCGGACCCACGCCGCCGAGAAACCGUACAAGUGCUCCGAGUGCGGGAAGGGCUUCACUCAGAAGACCAACCUCCACCUCCACCAGCGCAUUCACACCGGAGAGAAGCCGCACGUCUGCCCUCAGUGUGGAAUGGGUUUCAGUCAGAGCGGGCAUCUCUUCCUGCACCAGCGCGUUCACACCGGAGAGAAACCGCACCACUGCUCAGAGUGUGAACGGAGCUUCAGGGACUCCGGUGCUUUAAAGAGGCACAAGUGCACCAUCAAAGAGGACACUCCUGAAGUUCAGAACCAAACUGAAUGAUGGACAGAUCAUUUUAACAUUUCUUUUGACACAUAGCAAACUUUUUUUAAACAGAAAGACUGUGUGACGUAGCUCCGGCAGCUGAUGGCAAGCUGCAUGACCGGGAUUCGAACCAGUGGUCUCACGAUCAUAGUGACCGUGCUUUUAGCCCAGUUUUUCAUUGAUCUCCAACAAAAACAUCUGCUAGGGGCAGUAGUGGUUUUAUUGAUAUGGCUGAUUAGUAUAUAGCAUGCUAAUACUAAUAAUACUUUGACAGAAUUCUCUCUAAAGUCUUAUAUUUGAUGAAUCUCUAAUGUUUAUGUCUGAUAAUGGCUUUAAACUGAAUUCACAUCACUACAUUUUUGGUGUGUGCUGAACCUAAUGAUUAUAAUAGUGAUAUAAAAUGAUCCUGCUGUAGUUAAUAUUUUGUGUUAAUGUGAAUAUGUAUUUUAUAUAUUUUAUAAGCUUUUAGUGUGUAAAUCAAGUUUGGGAUCAUGGUGAUUGUUUCUGCAAUAAUGGCACAAAUGGAAUCCAUUUAAACUCCACCACACCACCGUUUUAUGUUUUAGUUUUUUAUACUUUGAAAAGUCUGCAAAUAAAAAAAGAUGAAAUGUA